AUGACACCAAUCCCGAAACGACCGACGACAGAUGAAAUUCUAGCACAACAGGACGCCAUAGUUGCCUCCAUGACGAUACUGCCACGACCUGACCUCCCGGUGUGUUUAGCACAGCCGCGAGCCAGUGCUUCCAAACCUUACAUGACUGCAGCUGCGACCCGACCAGCCCUUAUUGGUGCUCGUACGGUCAGUGUGGACCAGUGUGUAGCUUCGUCCACAGAUACUCGAAUGUUCACCGAACAGAUCAAGGCAGCUGUGGACCGACCCCUGCCAACGCGCCAGUAUGUAGCUUCUGCUACAGAGCCUCAGUUGGACAGCGAGCAGGCAGCAGCUCACGACGACGACGCACCGCCUAUAUAUCCUUAUACUAUACAAUUUCGACCCGUUUAUACGGACCGGAUCAGACCAGAGAAGACACUGCCCAACGUGACGGACCUACCAGACCCACCGCGUGACCUCGGUGUCACCAUCGGUGAUGAUAAAUACCGUUACCCAUCGGUCUCCUUAUCCGCCAAGAUGAUUGAAGCCCAGGAGAACUACGAUGCCACCAGUCACGAAAUGAUUGGGUGCCGUAUCAUAGUCUGCAAGGUAGCGGGCCUUUCCCACCGCUCAUACCAAGCUAUGAUUCUCCUACCGGACCAUAAGCCGUUGAGGAACAUCUUGCGUGAUCCUAGCUCCUAUCUUCACUCACGCUCUAUCAAGCACAAGCGCUGGCCCCGCAGCAUCGAAGAUAUCAGCGAAAUACCUAUCGACAUAAAGUACAUCGAGGGCCCGCUGACAGUCUUGGGAGACUACCUCUCCAGAUGCCUGGAUGAGACUGAUGAACUGUUAUAG